AUGGCGCAGUGGGGCGCCCGAGAGGAGCCGCUCCUGAAGGCGAUUGCCCAGACGCUCCACAGGCAAAGAGACAACUUUGAGCCUGCCCAGAUGUCCAUGGUUUCGUGGGCGUUUUCGACGCUGAGUUUCAAAUACGAUCCGCUCCUGAAUGCGAUCAUGGCCGAGUCGAUCAACCAGAUCGGCAACUUCACCAAUCCCGAGUUGGCACACCUUGCUUGGGCGUUUGCCAACCUGAGAGUCCAGGACAGAGGCCUCUACCUGGCCAUCGCUCAGCAAGUGCAGAGGAAUUCGGCCGGCCCGGCCUCCAUGGAGCCCGCGGAAAUUGCCAACAUAGCUUGGGCCUUCGCAAAGAACCAGAUGGGAACCGAUUCGGUGAUGAGGUUCAUUGCAGAGCAAGCAGAGCCGCAAAUUGGCAGUUUCAAGGCCGCAGAGAUCACGAUGCUCACCUGGGCCUUUGCUGUCACUGGGCAGCAACAUUUUGGUUUGAUGUCGGAGAUCGGCUCGAAGGUUGCCAAGAGGGCUGAAAAGUUCACCCCAUCGCAGCUGGCUCACGUGACUUGGGCCUUUGGAGCACUUGGAAUGAGGCAAUCAGACUUGUGCGAGAAAGUGGCCAUGUGUUUUGAGAACAACAAGGCCGGCUUCACGGCCCAAGGUCUGGUGCAGAUCGUAUGGGGCUUUGCAAUGGUCCAGUAUCGGCACAAAGGCUUCAUGGAGUCUGUCGCGCCUCAAAUCAUCCACGGCAUUUCGGAUCUGAAGCCACUCGCCCUGUGGCGCUGUGCUUGGGCGUACAACACGUUGUUGGUGAGCCAUGCAGAGCUCAGAAAGGAUGCAGCAGUGGAGAGGGUCAACGAGUUUUCGUUGAAGGGCUUGGCCCGGCUGGUUGAGUGCUACAAGAUUGGCCACCAUACCGAGAACCAAGCCCGUCUGGAAACGCACUUGAAGGAACGGCUAUCAAUGGCCGUGGAAGGCUUUAACAAAUUGUUUCCGGAUUUUGAUUCCCUCCAUGAUGUGAUGAAUUCCGAGGCUCUCCCUCCAUUGCAGAGCAUCGGCAUGGCUGAUUUGAAGGUCUUUGCCACCGAGACCAUCCUUGCAGAUCUUGGAUUUACAACGCCGAACUGGAGCUUCGUAUCGCGAUGCUUGAAGGAGGUUCACAUGCGGUGCUUGCCAGACUGUGUGGGCUUCGAGAUUCAGGCGGAGAACGCGCUCCAGCAGGUGCAAAUUAGUGAGUUCUGCGUGCGAGCUUUCGGCGAGGGAGUGGAUAACUCCGAGUCGUACAUCGAGGCGACCGACCUCCUUGUGCCGGAUCUUUUCGGGGGUACGCCGGCAAGUGAGGCGGUGCUUGUCGCUUUGGGAGAAGCAAGCGUUCAUGUGUACAGGAGCUUGCUUGUGAAUCCGCAGUCUAGUGAAGAUUGCAAGGCGGUGAUUGGCUAUUUGCGGAUGUUCUUGUCGCAGAUCCCAUCCUUCAGCAUCAUCUCGCUAUUGGUGCAGUGGCGGACAAGAUUCCCCAAU